AUGGACACAAUCCCAAGCGAUCAAGAAGAGCACGAACAAGAACUAUUCAGAGAAGGGUGCUGCCCUUACUGCAACGAAGAACUUGGCUCUAUUCAUUUGCACAUCCACCUGAACUCCUGUGAUGUCUACAAUGAAAUCGUUGACCGGACUGAAAAUAUUGAUAUCAACUCAAGAUGAGCUUCAUUACGAAAUUCGAUAUCUCAAGCAAAUCCAAAUGAAAUUUUCGACUCAGACGAAGACAUUCACAUUUCAAGCUCUUCAGACUCAGUUUCUGUCUCAGAAUAUGAAAACCUUGGAUAUUCGUUUCCUUUUCCCUUUGAUUCAAGACUUGAUACCCCUCAAUUCGGGUACACUUUUAUGAAGCACUCAAAAAUUCCUUCAUAUCCUUGUGUGUACCCUCUCAGACCUCAGUCAAAGCAUAAUCGCCAAUUUAUAGGCUGCCCAGUUUGUUUCAAUGAAUAUAACGUAAUAUCGCAUUUCCCAUUAGUUCUUCCAGCUUGUGGGCAUACAGCUUGCAAGGUUUGCCUUGAAAAAAUUGCAGAAGAGAGGUCAGUGAUCAAGUGUCCAGUCUGCCGCUCAAUGAAUUUUAAAGAAGUUUAUAGCUUGCCUGUUAACUAUGCAUUACUUGAUGUGUCUGAGCAUAAAGAGCACAAAGAAUUGUGUAGCAAGCAUAACUCAGAGAUCAUAGCCUACUGCAAAGAUGAUGACGUUUUGCUCUGUGGAGCUUGCGUUUUCGAUCACAAAGCCCAUGACUCUUUCUUGCUCAGCGACUCAAGAGCUACAGAAGUUGCCAAAAAUAGAAUGGAAAAUAUCGACUCGCAAGAAAAAGAAAUAAAUAAAGUCAAAAGGAUAUGGCAGACUGCAGCAAAAGAAAUGAAAACUUACACAGACGAAAUUAAUAUUGCUAUGGAAAUUCAUACCGGUGAAUUGAAAAAACAUGCAAAAAUUAUGAUUAAAAAAAUAAAAGAAAAUACAGCUCAAUGCAUAAAUCAGCUUAUGCAUUAAAAUGGCUUGCCCACCCUCUUAAUACCUAAGUUUGGAGAACGCAGGAACCUUGCGGAAGGAAGGAUUCCGCUCGGCGAUGUGCAUCAAGCCAGGUUUUACUUGUUUUUUCUGGAGUGCAAUGUCGGAUUAGGCUGACCGCAGCUCAUUAUAUGUCAAAGUUUUACCUCUGGGGAAGAUGGAUGCUUGGAGUGGGAAAAGAAAGGCCUAGCAAGGUCCUUUGAGCAUGUCGGCCAAUUUCAGUACGAUACCCGAAGAUUUGUACUGAGCUACAAGUUCCGUCUUGGUCGAAAACUCGGCCAAAAUUCCCUUUUCGAAUUUUCUACGGCAUGGCAGCCCAUCUCACUACACUCGAGUUAGUGUGAGACACAUUUAUGGAGGAGCAUGGCCGAUAGGCAGACGGUAGGUAGUCGCAAAGCGAAGUGGAGAUAAAUACUCUUUCAGGUAUAACAGGGAACUUUUCAAUAAUUUUAAUUAACAUAAAUCAGCUUGGAAAUUUUUUGCAAAAAGAAAACAUAGAAAAAGUCAAGAAAAAAAUCAAUGAAAAAAUAAAAAUUGUAAAUAAUGAGUUGAAGCUGCUUGAUGAUAAAAAAUCAAAGUACGAAGAGCUGAGCAUUAUUGAGAAACUGAAAAAACCUUCGAUUGAGGCACUGGAAGAUAAAGAGCCUCCAAAUAUUGAUAAUUUCAAGGCAAUUGUAGCAAAGUUGAGGUUAGAGAUUAAUUAUGAAGAUGCUAUUAUGAACAUGAACUUCCCUUUAAAAUAA